AUGGACGGAGUGAGCGCGCAAACGACGUCGGUGCCCGCCUCGCUGAAGGUGAGCUACAAGUGCGAUGCCCUGGCAUACCACCCUCAGUCUCGUCUGCUGGCCAUCUCCUCUUCCAACCUUACCGGCGCGACCUGGUCCGGACUUAUCACGUUGGCCGCUUUGAGCGACACCUACGCGCCAACCAAGCCCCCCACUACACUGGACACCGACGCGGGCAACGCCGAUGUGACUUUUGCGGGCGAGAAGGGAGAGUUCGUCGCUGCCGGCAGCGACGAAGGCAGCGUGCUCCUGUGGCACACGGACAAGCCGGCCAAGGAGGGCACCGACAUCGCCCUCGGCGAGCACGAUGACAUCGUGUCCGCCGUCGCCGCCCACCAGUCCCACCUCCUCUCCGCCAGCUGGGACCACAAGAUCAAGCUCUGGGACGUCACCAAGGGCAACUCGCUCGCCACGUUCGAAGCCCACAUCGGCGCGGUCAACACGGUCGAGUUCAUCAACGCCGCUCUGUUCGUCUCCGGCGCUCAGGACAAAACGGUGCGCGUGUGGGACAAGCGACAAGCGGUCGUGGCCAGCACCCUGCAGCGGGCCUACAACAUCUGCUCCGUCUCGGCCUCGCGCCACGACGACAACCUCUUUGCCGUCGGCCAGGAGGACGGAUCGGCGUGCGUGUUCGACCGGCGCAACCUGGCGGCUGCCCUCUUCUGCCACACCACUGGCGACAGCGUGCGGGCGGUCCGCUUCUCGCCGCACACGGCGGGGCACUUGGCGGUGGCGUCGGACGACACCACCCUCUCCGUGCUAGACACCACCACCCAAAAGACCAUUUAUUCUUUCGCGGGGCACACGGACUACGUGCGAGGUGUGGCGUGGGAUCCCCUCCAGCCCCACGCGCUCGCCUCCGGCGGCUGGGACGGUCUGGUCUACUUCCACGCCUUCUCCGCUUGA